CCUAACUCAAAUCUCACCUAACUUUACUCAACUACCACAUAUAUAAAUAACUUAACUCUACUAUAAAUUUGUGGCAAAAAAUAAUAAUCUCACUAUACAACUACAAAUCUCACAAAUCUUUUUCACGUUUCAAAAAAAUGGACUCUCAUUCUAGCUUUAUCCUUCUAGCCCAUUGGAAUGGUGAGUUCAAAAUUGUAGACAAUGAGUUGGAGUACUCAUUGCAUGCAAACAAGGCAUUCGUCUUUGAUCUUGAAGUCUCAUUUGAACAAGUUUUCAAUGAAUUCCUCACUGCUGUUAGAGAAGAUGGUUUUAAUUCCAUCAAGAAAAUUUGGGGGAAAUAUCCCAAAUAUAAGGAUGGAGUAUAUGCUGCUUCACGCCCUUUCCCAAUUUCUAAAGAGCAAACUUGGAGGUGCUUUAUUCAAAAGGCCACCAAUCAAUAUGAUGAGCUUGAGGUGUACCUAGCGCCUCAACGAGUUCAAGAGGAGCUUCACGAGGAUGACAUAGAGGAAGAAGGAGGGCCGUCUAACACCGCACUAGGUGUGGAUGAUGAAAAUGACCCUGACGAUCCAACUUACAUUGGUAAUUCUGACGAUGAGAGUAGUUCUUCAGAUGAGUCAGAAGUAUCUGGAUGGGUCUCUAUGUGCACGCCAUAUGUGUAUAUAGAGGAUCCUACGAUCGUUCGUAAUUCGGUCGAGAUUGCACCAUCUGUCCAUAAGAACGUUGAGCAAGUAUCUCUAGAGCCAACGUUUUGUGUCCCGGAGAUCGAAAUUGGCCAAACUUACGCUGAUUUCAAAAGCUUGCUAUUUGAUGUGUCUCUUCGCAAUAUUGCGGAGCAUAGACACUUUCGGACUUCUUCAAAGCGUAAAAGUUACUGGCUAGCAAAGUGUUCAUACCCAGACCAGUGCUCAUGGCUCAUUCAAGCUGCUGAAUCAUCUUCUCUUUGGACUGUAAAAAAAUACAAAAGUCAACAUUUAUGCAGACCUGAUUAUUCCAAAGAGAAGAAUGACAAGCUUAUCACAAGCAAACUCAUUUCUGGAAUUAUCUUUUCCAAAAUUGCAGCUGAUGCAGAUUACAAGGUGAUGUACAUCGUUAAAGAUGUAUUUGACUUAUUUCGGGUAGCUGUAACGUACAAGAAAUGUUGGUUGGCCAAGUCUAUUGCAAUUCAACGAUUGUAUGGGUCCUCGGAGGAUUCGUACAACAAAUUAUUGCCUCUGCUAGCUGUGCUGAUGCAAAGCAAUCCCGGAUCAGUGACUGAGAUUCAAAUGUUGCCCACAACGUCACCUCAAACAUUUCAAUUCAUGUAUGUUUUCUGGACUUUUAAGGCAUCCAUUGACGGGUUUAACUUCUGUUUUCCUGUUGUCUCUGUUGAUGGCACUCACCUAUACGGGAAAUACAAGGGAGUCUUGUUAAUAGCAGGAAUUUUUCGAGUCACUAUAGAGGGAAAUGUUGGGUCUGCAGUUGAUGAUUUGAUUCCAUUGGUGUUCUCGCUGCAAAGUUACCUGAAUGCAUACGCAGGAAGUGUUAUGCCACUACCAAAUGAAAUGGAAUGGCCUAAUCAUGCCAUCUCAAUCGUUCCUGUUCUUCUUCUUCCUCCUCCUCCUCUUCUAUCCAACCCUGCUCCAGGUAAUUUCUUCUUCUACAAUCCAUCUCCGUUUCUCGCCGCUCCAACUUCCCGCCUCAUCAGAUUCUUGGAAAUGGGUAGUUAUGCUAAACCUGAGAAUGCUUUGAAGCGUGCAGAAGAGUUUAUCAAUGUUGGUCAAAAGCAAGAAGCCCUGCAGAGUCUUCAUAGUCUUAUCACCUCCAGGAGGUACAGGGCAUGGCAAAAGCCGCUUGAGAGAAUCAUGUUCAAGGUUGUGGAGCUGUGUGUGGAUUUAAGAAGUGGAAGAUUUGCCAAAGAUGCUCUCAUUCAAUAUCGAAUUUCCUGCCAGCAAGUUAACAUUAACUCAUUAGAGGAGGUGAUAAAACUUUUUUUGCAUCUUGCCACCGAGAGAGCUGAAUUGGCACGCACCCAAGCCCAGGCACUAGAGGAAGCUUUGGAUGUGGAUGAUUUGGAGGCAGAUAAGAGGCCUGAAGAUUUGAUGCUGAGUUGCGUCAGUGGAGAGAAGGGUAAAGACCGAUCUGAUCGCGAGCUUGUCACUCCUUGGUUUAAAUUUUUAUGGGAGACAUAUAGAACUGUGCUUGAAAUCUUGCGAAACAAUUCCAGGCUUGAGGCUUUGUAUGCUAUGACAGCACACCGGGCCUUCCAGUUUUGCAAGCAGUACAAACGGACAACAGAGUUUCGUCGUCUUUGUGAAAUCAUUAGAAACCAUCUUGCAAACCUAAACAAGUACAAAGAUCAGAGGGACCGUCCUGAUCUUUCUGCUCCAGAAAGUUUGCAGUUAUACCUGGACACUAGAUUUGAGCAGCUAAAAGUUGCCACUGAACUUUGUCUGUGGCAGGAAGCUUUUCGCUCCAUUGAAGACAUUUAUGGAUUGAUGUGUCUUGUUAAGAAAAUCCCUAAAACAUCGUUGUUGGCUAUUUACUAUGCUAAGCUUACUGAGAUAUUUUGGAUAUCAUCCAAUCAUCUCUAUCAUGCUUAUGCAUGGCUCAAGCUUUUCUCCCUCCAAAAAAGCUUCAAUAAGAACAUUAGCCAAAAAGAUUUGCAAUUGAUAGCAUCAUCUGUUGUCUUAGCAGCACUUUCAGUGCCACCAUAUGAUCAUUUAUAUGGUGCAUCUCAUUUGGAGCUUGAAAAUGAGAAAGAGAGGAGUUUUCGGUUGGCUAAUUUGAUAGGAUUUGAUGUGGAACCAAAAGCCGAGAGCAGAGAAGUGCUCUCCCGUUCUUCUCUUCUUUCAGAUUUGGUUUCCAAAGGUGUUAUGACAUGCACUACUCAGGAAGUGAAAGAUCUUUACCACGUCCUCGAGAAUGAAUUUCUUCCUUUGGAUCUGGCAUUGAAAGCACAACCUUUAUUGAUCAAGAUCUCAAAAUUUGGGGGUAAACUUAUGUCAGCUUCAUCUGUGCCUGAGGUUCAAUUGUCUCAGUACAUUCCUGCUUUGGAAAAAUAUGCUACCCUGAGGUUGCUGCAGCAGGCAUCUCAAGUGUAUCAUACAAUACAAAUUGAAAACUUAUCUAGAAUGGUCCCUUUCUUUGACUUCACUGCUGUUGAAAAGAUUUCAGUGGAUGCUGUUAAGCUUAACUUUGUUGCCAUUAAAAUUGAUCAUAUGAGGGGUGCUGUAUACUUUGGCAAACAGAGUAUUGAAUCAGAAGGCCUUCGAGAUCACUUGUCUGCCUUGGCCGAGUCCUUGAGGAAAGCAAGGGUAAUGAUCUACCCUCCUACGGAAAAAGCUGCAAAACUUGGAGAUGCAGUUAUUGGGUUGACAGAAGUAGUUGAGAAAGAACACAAGAGACUUCUUGCUCGGAAGUCAAUCAUUGAGAAGCGCAAGGAAGAUCAAGAGCGGUUGCUCCUUGAGAAGGAACGUGAGGAAGAAUUGAGAAGACUAAAACAACAAAAAAUAACUGAAGAGGCUGAGCAGAGAAGACUGGCUGCUGAGUUUGAGGAGCGAAAGAAUCAAAGAAUUCUCAGGGAAAUUCAAGAGAGAGAGCGGGAAGAAGCCCGAGCUAAACUGGAAGAAUCUCAAAAAGGCACUAAAAAGAAGGGGAAAAAACCAAUACUAGAUGGAGAAAAUAUAACUAAACAGACUGUGAUGGAAUAUGUUCUGAGUGAGCAACUCAGAGAGAGACAAGAAAUGGAGAAAAAACUGCAAAAGCUUGCCAAGACUAUGGAUUAUUUGGAGAGAGCUAAAAGAGAGGAGGCGGCACCUCUAAUACAAGCUGCCUUUCAACAGCGGCUAGAGGAAGAGGCUGCUCUCCAUGAACGAGAACAGCAGCAAGAGGUUGAGUUAAGCAAACAACGACAUACAGGCGAUGUUUUAGAGAAGAAGAGGCUGAGUCGCAUGAUGGAGAACAAGAGAAUUUUUGAAGCAAGAAUUAUCAGUCGUAGAGAUGCUGAACAAAGUAGAAUGAAAAGGGAGAGGGAGGAACGCAUUAACCAGAUUAUCCAGUCUCGGAAACAAGAAAGGGAAGCUAAGAGGAAGAUGAUAUUCUUUUUGAGAACUGAAGAGGAGCGUCUGAGUAAGUUGCGUGAGGAGGAGGAAGCUCGUAAGCGUGAAGAAAUGGAGAAGCGCAAGAAAGAAGAAGCGGAGCGCAAGGCCAAACUGGACGAGAUUGCCGAAAAGCAGAGGCAAAGAGAGUUGGAACUUGAAGAGAAGGAGAGGAAGAGGAAAGAACAGCUCCUGGGCAAGUCCGAGCCUGUGGCACGUCUCCCAGAAGCUGCCCCAACUGCCCCGGCAGCAGCAGCACCGGCGCCUACAAAUAAGUACGUGCCCAAGUUCAAGCAGAGGAUGGGGGAAGGUGCAUCCCAGGCGGCGGCACCAGCGGCUCCUCCUCCCGAAACCGAAAGAUGGGGUGGAAGCCGCCAAGACGACAGGGAGAAGUGGGGCGGUGGCAGCAGGGGAGGAGGGUGGCGCGAUGAUCGUGACCGAAAACCAUUCGGUGCCGGCUCAAGGCCAGGAACAUGGUCCUCUUCUAGGAGCCGUCCAUAACGCCAACUAGUAAGUUGAUACAUAAUUUAUAUGGCACUUCCCAUUCCCCUUAACAAGGCACAAUCAAUCUUUUGAGUUUUUUUUUUCUUCAAGAAAUCGGCGUUUAUUCGUUCAAACAAGUUCUCUUUUUGGCACAUUAGGAAGAAAAUGACAUUUUGUGGACUUGUAGCCCUUCACUGUUUAGGGUCUACCAAAUGUGAGAUGGGUAUUGUUUCUCUUUAUAUUUGUCAUUUUAUGUGUGUUAUGACCAAAUUUUGGGGGAAUUAGUGGCAAUUUAAAUUUUGAGAAUGACAAUAUCAAAUUUUGGGGGAUUAAGGUCAUCUUUGCUUUUAUUCUAUCU